GCGUGGCAGAGGAACGCAGCGAUUGGUUAAGUGAAAGGAAAUGACUUAUGACGACUCUCCACGGCGCGCGAAGUUUUUUUUAAUUUUAGUUCUUCCCGUGCUUAGCGAAUGCUGGAGGAUGUCUGCCCCACUUCACCCGGGAUACGCUGACGAUCGGGUGCGUCUGUUGAUAGAGAAGCUACCCUGCAGAGAGACGCAACUUAACACGCUGCUCGCGCUUAUGGGAGAGCCGGAACAAUAUUGCUACCCUUCUAUAUUCAUCUAUGGUCACAGGGCAACAGGGAAGAGUUAUGUGAUACAAACUCUACUGAGAGAACUGGAGCUCCCCCAUGCAGUCGUGAGCUGUGUGGAGUGUGUGUCUACGGGGAUUCUCUUUGAACAGGUGCUGCUCUCUUUCUUUGGCUCCGCCUACUCCUCCUCGAACGCCCUCCCGCGGAAGCCCUCUCUCUCCGACUUCAUCCGGCUCUACAGGCAGCUUUGCGUCCAGCUUCCCGCCACCCAAACGCGGUACAUUAUACUGGACAAAGCGGAGCUCCUGAGGGACAUGGAUGCCAACCUCCUGCCAGGGUUUCUGCGGCUGCAGGAGCUGGUUGAAGACAACGUAACGGUGAUCCUGCUGAGCGAGAUCGUGUGGGACAAGUUCCGGCCCAACACAGGCUGCUUUGAGCCACUGCUGCUGCACUUCCCCAACUACAGCAAAGCGGAGCUGCAGCAGAUCCUGGCCCGGGACACUCACCCAGCGUACUCGCCUGAGCUCUACUCCUCCUACAUCAACAUCCUGCUGGGCGUCUUCUACUCCGUGUGCCGAGACCUGAGGGAGCUCAGACACCUGGCUGCACUGAAUUUCCCCAAGUUCUGUGAGCCCCUGGAGACUGGAGAGGCGAAAGAAAAAGACGCUCACAAACUGUGGCGCAAUAUCGAGCCCCAGCUGAAAAAAGCCAUGCAGACGGUCUACCUGAGAGAGGUUUCCAGUGUGCAGUGGGAGGAGCAGCAGUCGGCGGAGGGGGAGGUGGCAGAGCUCAGAGGCCUGUCUUCACACGACCACGUGGAGCUGCCCUAUUACUCCAAGUACCUGCUGAUCGCGGCCUACCUGGCCUCUUACAACCCGGCCCGCACCGACCGCCGCUUCUUCCUCAAGCAUCAUGGGAAAAUAAAGAAGACCAAUUUCCUGAAGAAGCACGAGAAGACCAGUAAUCACCUCUUGGGACCCAAACCGUUUCCCCUGGACCGGCUGCUGGCCAUUUUCUACAGCGUGGUGGACAGCAGAGUCGCCCCGACUGCCAGCGUGUUCGCACAGAUCUCCUCUCUGGUCACCCUGCAGCUGUUGAGUCAGGUGAGCCAUGACGACCAGCUGGACGCCCCCAAAUACAAGUGUGCCGUGUCUCUGGACUUCAUCCGGGCCAUCUCCAGAACGGUGGGCUUCGACGUCGUGCGGCACCUUUAUGACUUCCUGUGAGCCUGGCCGUGAUGGCGGUGACGCCGCAGGUAAAACCGUAAUGGGCGUGUCUCUGAGCUGUCUGCGGAGGGCGGAGCCUUGGACCGGAAGGGCGUGUUUUUCUGAGGCCCUGACAGACUUUCUGUGGUGCACCUUGCCUGGCUUUGCCAUGGUCCCCUGCAGCUGGGUGAUGGAGACGUUGCUUUGUCAAACUGAAUUGAACUCGGACAACGAACACGAGGAUAUCCCUGACUUAACUCUUCAGCUUCUGCCUCCUUCGGAUUGAGGGUUGCACUUCGACGCACCGGCCAUGUGCUGUGCAGUGCAGUGCUGUACGCAGUGGUGCGUCCCUCCCUGCUGGACCAAGAGCCAGAGCCGUGUUUCUGUAAGCUCCAUUGUUUGAUACCUGAGCAAUAAAAGUCUGAACUCA